CCACCACAUCCUACAAUCCUCACCUUCGACAUUUCUGAGCAUCGUCUGCCUGCUUUCCCUUGCAGUCGCUUGCCGUCCUGCCCCUUCCCUCUCGAAAACUACUCGUGCCCCAAAAAAACGUGAAAAUAACCCUUGAAAAACCACCAGUCGUCCUCUGUCCGACGUUUAUCUCCAUACCAAUUACCAUUACCUCUACCUUACCAUCCACGUUCCCUAUCAAAACUAUCCAUCUCGAUAACUCAUACAAAAAAUCCACAAACAGAGACUGACAACAUCACAGCAAUCAUGUCUGCCGCUGAAGUUACCAACAGCACUCCGGCCGCUGGCCAGAAUGGAGCCUCCGAGGCCCAGAAUGGCACACCUGCGAUCAACACCAACGUUGAGCCUUCUGAGGGUGGCAAUGACGAUCAGACUCCUUACUCGGCCAAUCCCAAUGCGGCGCAACACUCUGCCUCUCUCUAUGUCGGCGAGUUGGACCCAUCUGUCACCGAAGCCAUGCUCUUCGAACUGUUCUCCUCCAUCGGUCAGGUUGCCUCCAUCCGAGUCUGUCGCGAUGCCGUCACCCGCCGCUCCCUGGGCUACGCUUAUGUCAACUACAAUAACACUGCUGAUGGAGAACGUGCCUUGGAAGAUCUGAACUACACGAGCAUCAAGGGCCGUCCUUGCCGUAUCAUGUGGUCUCAACGCGAUCCUGCUCUCCGCCGCACCGGUCAAGGCAACGUCUUCAUCAAGAACUUGGACGCGGCAAUUGACAACAAAGCGCUCCAUGAUACCUUUACCCAAUUCGGCAACAUCCUUAGCUGUAAGGUUGCUCAAGACGAGAUGGGCAACUCUAAGGGGUACGGUUUUGUUCAUUAUGAGACUGCCGAGGCCGCCAACUCCGCCAUCAAGUCCGUCAACGGCAUGUUGUUGAACGAUAAGAAGGUCUUUGUCGGUCAUCACAUUGCCAAGAGAGACCGUCAGAGCAAAUUCGAAGAGAUGAAGGCCAACUUCACCAAUGUUUACAUCAAGAACAUCGAAGAAUCCGUCACCGAUGAGGAGUUCACCAAGCUCUUCGAGCGUUACGGCGACGUCGUCUCCGCGACUAUCACUCGUGACGAGACCGGCAAGAGCCGUGGCUUCGGCUUCGUCAACUUUGUCACCCACGAGGCAGCUUCCAAGGCCGUCGACGAGCUCAACGACAAGGAUUUCCAUGGCAAGAACCUCUACGUCGGCCGUGCACAGAAGAAGCAUGAACGUGAGGAAGAGCUCCGUAAGCAAUACGAGGCCGCCCGUAUGGAGAAGGCUUCCAAGUACCAGGGUGUAAACCUCUACGUCAAGAAUUUGACCGACGACGUCGAUGACGACAAGCUUCGCGACCUGUUCAGCAGCUUCGGUACUAUUACCUCUGCCAAGGUCAUGCGCGAUACCUCUGACCGUAGCUCUUCGCCCUCCGCCGACAAAGACAAGGAGAACAAGAAGGAAGAGACUGCCGAAGCUGCCGAAGCUGCCGAAGUCAAGGAAGAGCCUAAGCCCGAAGAGGAUGAGAAGACCGAAGAGUCUAAGGACGAAGACAACGAAGAUGGCAAGGAGUCAAAGAAGUCUGGCUCCAAGUUCGGCAAGAGCAAAGGCUUCGGUUUCGUUUGCUUUAGCAACCCAGAUGAAGCUUCCAAGGCCGUAUCGGAAAUGAAUCAGAAAAUGGUUAACGGCAAGCCAUUGUAUGUUGCUCUCGCUCAGCGCAAGGAUGUUCGCAAGAGUCAGCUUGAGGCUAGUAUCCAGGCACGCAACACCCUUCGCCAGCAGCAACAGGCCGCUGCCGCCGGCAUGCCGCAAGGCUACAUCCAGCCGUCCGUCUUCUACGGUCCUGGCCAGCAAUUCUUGCCACCAGGUGCCCAGAGAGGAAUGCCAUUCACUGGUCAACCUGGUAUGGUUAUUCCUGGCAUGCAGGGCGGCCGUGGGCAGUUCCCAGGAGGAUUUCCCCAACAAGGUCGUGGUAUGCCUCAAGGUCAACAACUCCCGCCCAACUUCGGUAUGCCUGGCCAGAUGCCAUUCAUCCAGAACCCUGCCCUUGUAAACGGCAUGUACAACAACCCUCAGGCUCUCGCCCAGAUGCAAGCUCAAAUGGGGGGCCGAGGUGCUGGAGGUCGUGGCCAGAUGCAGGGCAUGCAGGGAAUGCCUCCUAACAUGCAAGGUAUGGGCGGUGUCCGUGGUGGACCAAAUUUCUCCCAAGGUGGUGGUCGAGGUGGCAUGCAAAACGUGCCUGGUGGCCAAGGUGCCAACCGUUUGCCUCCACAGGGCCGUGGACAGAUGAUGCCCAACCGCGAGGAAAUCGGUGCCCCAAGCACUCUCAGCAACCUUGCAUCUUUGCCGCCAAGCCAGCAGAAGCAGAUGCUUGGUGAAGCUAUUUACCCAAAGAUUCAACAGAUGCAACCAGAGCUUGCCGGCAAGAUCACUGGUAUGCUUCUUGAGAUGGACAACUCUGAACUUCUUGCUUUGGUCGAUGACGAAGCCGCUCUGCAAUCAAAGGUCGACGAGGCUCUCAGUGUUUACGACGACUACAUGAAGACCCGUGGCGGCGAAGCUGGCCCCAAUGGCACAAAAGAGGAGGAUGGAUCCAAGGCCGAGGGUGCAGAGACCACCGCCUAGGUUGUCCGUUUCCCGUCGAAUCUCACUUGUCUCAACAAAGCAUUCUCUCAGAUUGCAUGAUCAAUUGUAUUCAUGUUAGGCAAGUAUGCCACUACUCAAAAGUUUUCUUAUCGACUCAAAGUACUAUGCAAGUGGGAUUCGAUUCACACAAGGCUAGGCUGGACUGAGCCGGUGUUGGCAGGCGAACGGCGUCCUUCUCUUGAGAGCUCCAAGCUCAUUCAUUAUUCUGCGGUGGCUGGGUGACGAUCAAGUUAUUUUCUUUAUUGUGUGUAUGAUAGACUGGCGAUAUGGCUCCGAGCUUUGAUAUCAAAGCAAGCAAACUGCCAGUUCCCGCAGGGAUGUAGCUAGCUAGCUGCCUUGUCGUCCGAGGCUUCAGCUAUGAAACUCGAGAUAGGUUUGCAUCUUGCAAUAACCGCACCAGAUAGAUCCCCUUAAUGCAAAAAUGUCAAUUCAA